AUGGGAGACAAAGUGUCCACCGAUGUUAUGCUCACCUUCUACCGAAGGCUGUAUCCAUUCAAACCCAUUUUCCAUUGGCUAAAUCACUCCCCCACCCCAAGCACUCUCUUCACUAACCGCGAGAUCGCCUUCAACCUUCCGAACGACAGCAUGAUACGGUACAACUCCUUCAAUGACGCUGAAGAGUUCAAACGCAUGGUCUGCAAGUUUAAUCCGACGCGUUUUGAGAUUGGGCCGGUGUAUACAGCUCGGCCCCGCGAUCGCAAAACUGCCGGAAAUGGUUUCGUGCCAACGCAGCGUGAACUCGUCUUUGAUAUCGAUAUGACCGACUACGAUCCCGUUCGCAACUGCUGCACUGAUGCCGGCAUCUGUCAUCGAUGUUGGGCGUUCAUCGCAGCGGCUGUUCGCGUGCUUGACCACACAAUUCGGGACCAAUUCGGAUACGUCCAUCUGCUUUGGGUCUACUCGGGUCGUCGUGGAAUUCAUCUGUGGAUAUCGGACACGGAGGCUAUGGAGUUGACGGAUGAUCAGCGCAAGACGAUGGUAGCCUUCUUGACAGUCGUGCCGAAGGACGAGAACAAGAAACUGAACGUGAGAUAUGGGUCAAGGGUAUUGCCUGCGUCUUUGAGGCCAGCCCUGGACGAGCUGGCUAUGGUUUUCACAGAUCUCAUUCUGCGCGACCAAGACUGCUUUGAAACAGAGAAGGGCUGGGAAGCCUUGCUUCGUCUGAUACCAGAACCUCGCGUGGUUGAUGCGCUCCGCUCCCAAUGGGAGUCAUCUUCUCACUCGUCAUCCGAAGAUAAAUGGGCCGAUUUCAAAAAGCAAAUCAAAUCGUUCAAAAAAGAAACUUCACAACGAGCCGCUCUAACCGCUGCUAUGGAGGACAUAAUUCUGCAAUACACCUAUCCACGCUUAGACGAAAACGUGUCCAAGAAGAGAAAUCACUUGCUCAAGGCGCCAUUCUGCGUUCAUCCGAAAACAGGAAGGAUCUGUGUUCCCGUAGACCCACAGAAGAUCGAUAAAUUCGACCCACUCAGUGUACCGACCGUGAGCCAGCUCCUGAAUGAACUCGAUAAUUCUGCAGGAAUGGAAGGCAUCGAGGGAGAGCAUCACUCAGAUUGGGAACGAACAUCCUUGAAGCCUUAUGUUGAGAUGCUCGAGAGACACAACCAACUCAUUCUGGAUGACGCCCUUCGAGAAAAGCGUGCAAAAGCCCCCUCAGACCCAUUCAACUCCAGUCCACUCGGGCCAUCAGCCUCGUCACCAAUUUCAGCUGUGCAGGAGCGUAGAAGGAGUCAAUACAAACCUCGUAUACCGAGUCUGCAGCUACCAGGUCUGAGCAGUGGCGGGGGUUCACGGCGGCAGAGCAAGGACCUGGCAUUGGGCGUCGGUUCGCAAUUGGGUGCCGCUGGGGAUGAUUCUCAAGCCGCAUUUCUGAGGACGCGGUUCAAGCUACGGUGCAUUGACCGAGCGAGUAAAGCGCGACAAAGGGCGGUACAAAAGAAACGUCAGACGGGCGGGAGCAGUGAAUUUGGCAGUGACGAUGUGGAUAUGGAGAGGGAGAUGCAGUCCGACGAAGAGGACGAUGUCACCAAUGACCAGUUUUUCAAACGUAUCAUGGUCAACACAGAGAACAAAAUCAAGCACGCAUAUGCGUAUUCCUAUGACCGGGAAGUCGGAUCUUUCGACCCCGCUUUGGAAGCGCCUGAAGAAUGGGAGUCAGAGCUAGCUGACCACCUCGAUCCUUCGGAAGCUGCAUCAGCAGAGGAGGAAGCAGAAGACGACGAGGCUCUGGCUGCGUACAUUGCAGAACAAGAGGCAAUUGCAGACUUCGCCGAUAUCCCAGCGGAUGACUUGUUCAACUGGAGCGAUAUUGACGAUGAUCUGCUUCCCAGUACGGAUGCCACUGCCAUGGAUAUCUCGUAGUCACUUCGAUGUCCCUGUUCUAGGGGCAUCCCAUGGUCUUUCGAAGAAAUCAGAUACUUGCUUCAUUUGCGCGAAUUCCUAUCCGAAAACUCAAUCAAUCGCUUUGCUACUGUCGUAUACACAUACUCACUACUUGUAACACUACCCUGUCUGGCUAUAUGAACGACCUUUCCAUAGUCUCAGUAAUCCAGCUCCAACACUGCCACUGAUUGACUUUCAAACCCCGGUUAUUUGAUCCAGUCUUGUCGCUUCAAGCUUGACUGUUUACAUUCCAAUUCAUUAUGCCUUCGCUAGUACUGAACGCUCCAGUUGAGCAGGUCGACAGCCCACAUUCGCUUCUCCCAUUUCUGCAGUCUCAAUCGCAAAACACAAUCACGCGUCUAUACCAGCGACCCUCAUCAUGCCUUUCAGUCUUCCGACUCCUCGCGCCGUUGCAGCAGCAAAUCGUCAUGAACUUGCUUUGGCUGGAUUCCGCAGUACCACUUUCGACCAUGGCAGCCUGGGUCGUCCGCGACGAGAAAAAACGAUACGACGUCGCAUUGAAACCUCUUUUCGGGCUGCACAUCAUCACGACCUCGCCCAUCAAGCUUGCGCUGAACCCCACAUUCAAGACGAGUUUUCGACAGGCGCUGACAGGGAGCGGAGCCGUAGGGAGCUUUGGAGUGCUGGCGGAGCCGGAUCGCCAGUACGAGACAAUGUCGGUGGAGGAACUGGAUGCGUAUGCGCUCGAGCGAUGGGAGACGGUAUUGCACUUCAUGGUGUCCUCGAACACAGGCUCGAGCUCCGUUCGGCCGUCGAAGGAGGUGUUGUACUUGCUUACAAGGAGUGGGCUCAUGGCAAGUCCCAAUGGCUCGAUGCAAAUCACAUCUGCAGGCUUUCAAUUCCUGCUCUAUUCACCGCACGAGCAACUCUGGGAUCUUCUGUUACAGUAUCUGAGGAUGACUGAAGAGCUGGGGAUGGAUCUGGUGGAGGUUUUGAGCUUCUUAUUCAUGCUAUCGACAAUGCAGCUUGGCAAGGAGUACACCACGGAAGGACUCAGCACAACAGAAACAGCGGCCCUCACACAUCAGGCCGUGUUGGACGUCUUGCGUGACUAUGGGCUUCUCUGGCAGCCAAGGCCCUCCUCGAAACGAUUUUAUCCUACAAGACUUGCGACUACACUGACAUCGUCCUCACCCCCAUUACCGUCUUCGGCAGGCUCUGGUCCUCAAGAGGGAUUUAUCGUGCUGGAGACCAACUAUCGAGUGUAUGCUUACACUGAUAAUCCACUUCAGACCGCCGUGCUUAACUUGUUUGUGACACUAAAGUAUCGCUUCCCAAAUCUUGUGGUGGGCUCCAUAACUCGCGAGAGUGUCAAGAAAGCACUCAACAAUGGGAUCACCGCAGAACAGAUAAUCACAUAUCUCAUCGCACAUGCGCAUCCUCAAAUGCACAAAAACAAUCCGCUUCUUCCUGUCACGGUGCAGGAUCAGAUCAGAUUGUGGGAGUUGGAAAAGAACCGACUCAAGUCCCAAGAGGGAUACCUGUACACUGCGUUCACAUCUCCAGCCGACUAUGAAUUGGUCCUGAAUUAUGCGAAGCAGAUCGAUGUUGUGCUGUGGGAGAAUGCGACGAAGAGGUGUUUCUUUGCUAGUCUAGACGGCCAUGCGAGUAUCCGAGGGUUCAUCGAGAGAAGGACCGGAGGCAAUUAGAGUCUGAUAGGACAGCUCUCUGUGAUAUGUACAUCCGAUUAUAGAAUCCUGCUAGCACCCGGAAUGCCAAGUAAAGCCCGACCCCCAGCCCAACUCAAACAGACACCAGACAACCCGACAAUCAGCGCCUUCAGUAAUGGAGGGGCGGGUGAGCUGUGCAACAGGAUCUGCAAGCCCACCACGACCAGCGCAUGCACGAGAUAUGCGCCGUAUGCAUAACGAGCAGUGGAUCCCCAUUUCUUGGAGGUCAGUUUCCAGUCGUGGAACCCGGCAAAAAGCGAUGUCCCCAGAAAAUAGAAGCAAAGCUCGUUCCAGAUCGCGUAGAGCAGCGCGAGCGGAUUCAUGCCACCCAACAUCAGGUUGAUGCUCGGAGAAAUGGUGUACAGUGCGACCGCCGACGAGACAGCGACGAGCAAAGUCAGCGCGAGAUCUCUCCCUGGAUGGGGACGAAGAAUGAACUGCUGGAUUUUGGAGAGACACGUGCCAGCGGUGUAGGCCAGCACGUAUUGGGGGGCGUAGGCCAAUUGCACGUUGAGAGGCGGGGUCGAGCGUCCCACAGGAUGGGACAAGCGGAUUAGGAACGAUGCCACGAUCACGGACAAGAUGCUCCCGAAGGCCGCGGCUCUGAAUGCCCCUAGUGAUCGUGGGACCAGAUAGGUGAGAGACGGAAGAUACUUCCUGACAGUGAUAUACACCAGGUCGAAGACGAGCAAGACGGCAAGGUACCUGGACAUGUUAGAUCGACGAAGCCGCACAAAAGGUUACCCAUUGAAACGCACCACACUAUACCUCUCACACCAUCCAGGUGACGAUAAUACUCUACAAGCGCCGAGAGAACGGGCAGGUGUUGAGACCAUCGCACCAAGACAAUGCUGAGAGGCUGAACGGACAACGUAUAGACCACAGCUGGGAUGCCCAGGCGUUUGAGUUUGUACAGGACAAACUGGUUCCAUGUCUUGUGGUCCGCAGCGUGUGACGAAAAGUGACCUGACAGGAAGAACAGCAGACCCAUGAAGAAGGACUGGUUCACGACUUGGAACACCGUAAGGACGACAGAGUGGCCUACGGGGUACUGCAAAGGGUACGGCCAAGAUCCAACGCCACCAUACGGCAUACAGGCAUGGUGAAGGACGACGAGGGCGACGAGAAACGAGCGAAGAUUGUCUAGAAAGUGGAUCCUCGAUCUAGAGAGCAGAGCAGAAAGCUCGUCUACCGUUUCAACAACGGCAGGCAUAUCGGACGAUGUGGUGAACGAAGAUGGCAAGCUGAUAGCUGCGCCGCAGUAUGGCUCCACCUCAUGUCAUGGUAAGAUGGGAAAUCCCCAGCCGAGCGCUCAGUGGCAAGGUGAGUUGGUGCGGUAUACUUCAUGCAAGGCUAGGAUCCAUUGAAGUUCAAGUCGUUUCAAUGUUUUUGCCGAAGUACGAGACGCGAUCACGUGUCCCUGUUAGGCUCCUUUCAAGUCGUAGCAUACGGACCGUGCCAUUGCUCUUCACCUGGUCUAGGUUUUCGGUUCAUCAACAAAGGUGGAUCCCUUGCACUUUACAUAUGAACUACUUGAAUCUAGUGAAUAUGUUGCGUAAAGGGACAGGCAUGCGGCUUUUCUGGCCUGGCGCUGGCGGUCCAACAACGGAGGCACGGCGCAGCGCACUUUCGUUUACCGUCCAGCGCGUUGCGGGUGCAGUUGAGAGUCUCCUCGAAUUCACCGUCUCAAAAGGCCUGUUCUCUUUCUCCUUGCGCGGAUUGGCACUGGAAAACACACGACUCAAAGAAUGCCUGCCGGCUGAGUGCGUCGUUUUCGCGGUGGACGGCACUUCCGCCGAAGAAUCAGGCCGGAAAGAGACCGGGAUUGUUG